UAUUCCUACCCUCGCGCGAACUCUGACCAGCCAGUCUCAAAUAGCGCGGGGCCGGAGCGUACGUUCCCGCGUUAAAAAAAACAAAACGUCAUCGCGAGGUUCUUUAUAGUGGUAGUCUGUGGUAGGUACUUUCACUUGCGCUCCUGUUGACAAUUGCAUCACAGUACAGAUAACCAGCGACCAUGUGUCCAAUAUGGCCGCUGCACCUCAUCGUGCUGUACAUCCUGGCUAUGUGCCCACUCUGGGUGCUCUGCCAGGCGGCACCGCAGCUCUCUGCCUAUUUCAUACCAGACCAGGUGACUGUACACAUGGAUGAUUACUUCAACGUCAAUGUAGCUAUCAAUGGUACUGGGAUGCAAGCCAACGAUGAACUAAUAGUAACGUCGGGCGACGAUAAGGUUGCUAUAGCCAGUUGGGAGGGCAGAGACGGCCCCUCGUACGUUCUCAGCGAGGAUCAAGCCAGUACAGGGCAGUUUGAAGGGGUGAUGCGUGUCGACGGACUGUUUUUAGGAUUCAGCGAAAUAAAAGUGGCCACGAAACGCGACACCGCUGAGUACCCCGUCGACAACUCGCUGUCGGUCACAGUACUGCGGCCAGAGCGAGUCAUAGAUCGUAUAUUCGUCAUCAGCGUGGCUCUGUUUGUGUCUCUCAUCUUCAUAAACUUCGGGUGCGCGAUGCACUGGCCCACAGUAAAGGAGGUGGUCAAAAGGCCCGUGGGGCCCGCCAUCGGGAUGUUGGGGCAGUUUCUCUUCAUGCCACUAAUGUCAUUCGGCCUCGGUUUCCUAAUAUUCCCCGGUUCGGACGACGUGUCGGCCGCCAUGCGUCUCGGCAUGUUCUUCACGGGCGUGUCUCCCGGUGGCGGCGCUUCUAACAUAUGGACCUUCGUGCUGGGAGGGAACCUUAAUCUGUCGCUCGCUAUGACUACUAUAUCUACGCUGGCUUGCUUUGGGUUGAUGCCAGCCUGGCUCUUCUCUCUAGGCCAGGUGGUGUUCAGCAACGCCAACAUCGUGGUCCCGUACGCGCGCAUCGCCUCAUUCGUGGUAGGCCUCAUCGUGCCCAUGGUCAUAGGCCUCGGCAUGCAGCGGUGGACCCCCAAACUGUCCGCUUUCAUGGUCCGGAUAUUGAAGCCGUUGUCGACUUCGCUGCUGCUCUUCAUUAUAAUAUUCGCUAUUGUGACGAAUCUGUAUAUUUUCUCGCUGUUUACUUGGCAGAUAAUAGUGGCGGGAGUCGGCCUCCCGUGGCUGGGCUACGGGUUCGGAUACGCGCUCGCGCGGCUGCUACGCCAGGAGCACCCAGACGCGCUCGCCAUCUCCAUAGAGACCGGCGUGCAGAACACAGGCAUCGCCAUAUUCCUGCUGCGGUACGCGCUGCCCCAACCGCAGGCUGAUCUCACUACGGUGGUCCCAGUAUCCGUAGCCAUCAUGACCCCGAUCCCCAUGACCUGUAUCUACAUAUACCAGAAGCUGAAGGCUUGCUAUAUCGUCCGAAACCAACAUAAAAAAAUCGUUGAACACGACGCUACCCCCAGCAGCGAGGCGCCUCAGCCAGGCAAUGGUAUCUCAACCAUUGAUGUCGAAAAAUAAGGACGUGCCGGUCUAAAGCCAGGUCUCGCACCUUUACCACAUUUUGUAAAACGAUAGACUGAACGGCUGA